CCACGGGAGGGGCCGAUAGAAAAUGGCGAGUCUGUGCAAAAGGCAGCAAUGCACGAUAGAGAGGCGCGGCUUUCGGCAGGAACUUGACUCUUGGAGGCACAAACUCAUUCACUGUGUAGGCUUUGAAAGCAUCCUGGAAGGCUUGUUUGGACCAGGACUAGUCAAAGAUAUCACCCUUUUCCGAGACUGCGAGCCUGAGGAAGUGUCUGACUGGUCCUUUGACGAAAACUGUCUCUUCUGCUGCUUAAGACGCGAGAAAGUCAAGGAGCACGUAGUAGGGAACGGCGGAGGCAGCCAGGUGCUGUCGGAGUGUGAAGAUUACAAACAGGAGCAGUCUCGGAUCAGCCGGUUGGAGAGACAGGCCCAAGACUUCCUCAAUGCUGUGUUCCACAGAAAAGACCUCCCAAGUUUCUCAGACCCCCACAUCCCUCUAGUGGCUCGUGAGAUCAUGCAGCGAAUGAUCCGCCAGUUCGCUGCCGAAUAUACCUCAAAAACUACUCAGGACGACCCGCCCGUGCCCAACGGCACCAUGAAGGACCAAAGCCUGCCGAGAGCGGCGUCUCUGGCCCCGGCCCCAGCCUUGGCCUCGGCCCCCGGCUCCCCGCCUGGGCCCCCACCCGGACCGCUGGCCCCUCUGGCCCUGCGUUCCCCUCCUUCAUCUGCCUCCUCAUCCCCGUCCCCGACCCCGGGGCCGGGCCUCAGCCCCACCACCGCCGCCGCCGCCACCGCUGCCAGCACCACCUCUGCCUCGGCACCCGCCUGCAGCGACGGCUCGGGAGACAGUAACGGUGGAGGAGGAGGAGGAGGAGGAGGAGGUGCGGCUGCUGCCUCUGCACAGAACCCCGUCCUCAGCAAGCUUCUCAUGACCGACCAGGACGGCCCGCUGGACCUCACCGUGAAAAAGAACCACGUGGACCCGGAGCCCAGCCAGCAGGAUGGCGUCCUGGACCUUUCCACCAAGAAGAAUCACAGUGCAGGCAGCCCCCUCCUCAAAACCUCGCCCAGCUUCUCCACCACGCCUGGGACCAAAGGUCGUUCUCUGAGAGUGGACCGCACCUUCCGAGAGGUGGAUGAGGAGGAUGGCCUGCUGCCGAGAAGCUUGCAGGACGGACUGAGGGAGAACUUCGUCAGCUCCACCUCCCUCAAGCCCCCGCUGGCCCGCUCGCUGCUCAUCAAGGAAGAGCUCCUUAGCCAGAAGCACCGCCUCCUGAGACAGCCUGCUGCUCUCUCAUUGGCUAAUCUUGAGUCAGCCGCCUUGCUCAACCACGGGCAGUCCCACUCCUUGCUUGGCCAGAAGGGCUCUUCGUCUCCAUGGGGCGGCAAAGCCCACCUGGACAACCUGCUGAAGCUGAAGCAGGCCGGCGGAGCUCUGAGCGGGGCCCUCAGCGACCUCAAAGAGCUGCCUCUGUUCCUGGAGAACCACCACCACAACCACCACGGAGCCUUCUCCUCUAAGAGUUCCCUCCAACACCACCAUCACCACCACAACCAGGUCUCCAAGGCCCACCACCACCACGAGGGCAAGAGAGAGCAGGGUCACUCGCCUCCUGUGGACCUGAAGAUCCCCCAAGUUCGAGGCAUGGAUCUCUCCUGGGACUCCCAUGCCUCAGAGCUGUACGGCUACAGCGCCAUGGGGGUGGGGAGCGGUGGCCACGGGGAGAACGCCCUGAGCCGGAAGCUGAGAGCCAUUCUGCCCAAGCAGAACCGCCGAGGAGGGCUGGGAGGAAGCCUUGGAGGCCUGUUGGAUGGGGCGGCCGACUACUGGGGCUCUGACGUGGACCACUCCACCUCGGGGCCAGCUUACUCCACCUCCGAUGUGGAAGGGGACCCCAGCUCAAAGCAGCCAAGGAAGAAGAGGGGCCGUUACCGCCAGUACAACAGCGAGAUCCUGGAGGAGGCCAUAGCGGUGGUGAUGAGCGGGAAGAUGAGCGUGUCCAAGGCCCAGAACAUCUACGGGAUUCCUCACAGCACCCUGGAGUACAAGGUCAAGGAGCGGAUGGGAACCCUGAAGAACCCCCCAAAGAAGAAGCUCAAGCUGAUGAUGAGGAUGGAAGCAGGAGGCCAGGAUUCCGCUGCGGAGUCGGAGAACACGCCCACCGCGACCCCGCGAGACGACGGGCCGCCGCUGGCAGCUGCCGAGCUCAAGGACGAUUAAGACGGAAAUGAAGAGAUUGAUGACAAUUCGAAACCAAUCGAUUUAAACGACAAAAAAAAACUAUAAACCUUAAAUGACUAAAGUAAUUUGAAAACGGAUGGGGCUUUAUUUGUGCCAAUUUACUUUGCAGUAUCUGGGUGAGCACAAACGCAGGGAUAAUAAGAGGAGGAUUCUUAAAAACAAACUGGAGAGAAACAACUAAUCGGCUGGUUUUUAACAGGUGUCACAUGAGCGACGCCGUACAAGCAUUUGUUCAGCUUUCUUAUCCAGGAGCUUAACAAAUGCAGUGAAAGACAUGAGUUACAUGACAAUUAAUGAAAUUUUCUUAAGCAUGCUGAUAAUCCCCAGUCCGAAACCCAAUCCCCCUCUUUUCUGAACUUGACACACUGACCCGUAACUGCUUCUAAAUGCAGUUUGGGCUGUGGACCAUUCCAAUUUGGGGAAAACGAGGGGAAGGUUGAAAAUCAACCCUUUUGAACAAACUGACAAAUUAAGGUCCUUUGACCCCUCCCCUCUCUCAUGGAGUACUAGUUAAAAUUGGUAAGUGAACUGUCUAUUACAUUUGAAAGCCAACUGUAAAGGUUUAUCAUGCCAUUGAUAUUUUUCACCAGGGUUCUAAAUCAAAACCCAUUCUCUUAUUGCCAGGUAGCCAUUACGCUUUAACUGCAAACCUUUUCUUUCCUCCUUAGAUAUUCUGCUAUUCUCUAUGUGGACGAAAGCAACAUUAACCCGUCCUUUUUGAAUGAAAAAAAAAAAGACACACAAAAGUCAUUCAGGGAUGCAUGUUUGUGAAUUUCGUAGAUACUACUGACUUCUAAGAUAGACUUCUUUUUCCUCUGUCUUUAUUUUGUUUGUUUGUUUUGUUUUUGCUUUCUUUUGCACUACACUUUGGGUCUGGCGCUUACAGACCAGGUUACCUCGGCAUCGUUGCCCUAGCAUCAUGCACUUAUUAUGGUCUGUCUCUGAAGCCCAGCCGCAACCUCGCAACAGGUCGGGGGGCGCAAGUCACCCGACGAGCUCUGAUCCAGAAUCAGAUCCGGGAUGCUCUUUCACUCCUUUAUUGCCAGGGGACAAGUCAAGGGGUAAUCCGGUUCUGGAUCAGCUGUUUUUAAGGUGGACUGCUCCCUCGUGCACCUCCGCCAGCGUCUCACCGCUGAUCCCAGAACGCCGGAGCCGCCUGGCGUGCGAGCUUGCAGGCUCUCUGGGAUCAGAACGUGACACCCUGCUGCUAUCCAGUUGAUUAUCUAUUCCCAUACGAGGCUUUAGCUAGCCCUAGCUAACGGGUGUUAGCUGGCCUUAGCUAACGACGACACAUUUCUGACGUUUGUUUUAUUCCUUCUCCAAUCAAACUAAGCAGAGGCGGCUUAGCUAACGAGUUUUAACGAUUUCUUCUCCCUCUCUGAGUUGUUUUGAACUUUCAAAGACGGUUUUAAAGGCAGUUUACUACGAUUGAUGUGCAUUUGUAGACGGGACGGUUUGGGGUGGGAGGGGGGACGUUUUGCAUUGGGGAGGGGUAGUUGAUAGAGGCGAGGGAGAGAAAGGCAGAUUUAAUAUAUUAUAAAUUAUUAUGACACUGAUGACGUAAAAGCCAAUCCGCAUUUCUGGAUGAUUUUUUCUCCUCAUUUUUAACUCAGGGUAACUGAGACAGACGAUGUGGGUUUCAAACAUGGACGUUUCCUGCGGGGACCUAUAGUUGAAAGGCAGGAGGACAAGACACGCCUCUCUUUAAUGCUACUUCAGAGGCGGCUAGGAUUAGGCAGAUAUGGCAGCGCCAUAGCCAAUAGACUGGCUAAUCAAUAAAAAAAGAACAGAAAAAAACACUGAAGUUGGGUUGGGGAUGGAAGUUUUGCCGAUAAACUUCUAAAUAGCACUUUUCUAAAAUGAAAAAGAAAAAAAAACAAGAGAGAGAAAGAAAGCUGUUUGAGGUUAUGCAUGUGGUGUAGCUCUUCUUAUUGGUGUGUUGGUGCUGAGGGAUGUGGAGCUGGAAGAGACGAGGAGCACAGAGAGAUGAAAGAAAAAAGCUUUAGUGUCUGAAGAUUUUCAGAAAGCUGCAGCUUGGACCCAAACAUACUCUUUUUUUCCCUCUCAAUUACCUCCUCGACAAAAACACUGGUUGACAGCUUGAACAAGCUAAGUUUUGUGUAGUGUAGUCUAGUUGUCGUUUUCCUUCCCCUCGCCGCUGAAGCACCAGGGAUAGAAAAACUAUCAUCGCAGCCUGAGGAAAAAAAAAAAAAUCCCUCAGAGGACACAGAAGAAAAAAGACUCUUUCAGUUGUUUUCCAUUAGGAAAAGAUAGAAGUAGACAAAAAAAGCUUUUUUUGGUUGUAAUGUUCUUUGGCCCACUCUUGCUCUGUGGUAAAUGUUGCUCUUCGCUCCUAACACUGCCUGGUGCUCACCCAGUCUGUGAGAUUUUUAACAUGAGAAUUGUACAUGUCUGUUGUUUCAACUCAGAUGAAAUGAUGAUGAUUCACUCCUUUUUGAAAUGUAUUGUACAUUUAUUUAUUUGAUUUCUUUUCUUUGGUUUUUUUCGUUGAUCACCCUCUUUGAAAUGGCAUGCACCAGUUUGCUUUUGGCUGACUUUGGGUCGGGGAGACGCUUAUCGGACUCGAUGUGGAGAACUCGUCAAAACGUCUAAUCAGGGGCCAGAGAUACUCCAAUCCAAAUAAAACGACGAAUUAAUCACUAUAUAAUUAUUAUAAUCAUUUUUAACUCUUGAUUGCAUACAAUCUUCAUUAGCCGUGCACUGGCUCUCAGCGUUUUUAGAGAUAAGCUUUGAAACACCCUUGGCUUGGAUUGGCAGAUAAGCAUAGCCAAUGGGGAAGAGAGACCCCUGGAGCGGCACGGGGCCAGGGGCCGUGCAUCAAAUGCAUCCAACACUUUGAUAAUGCCGAGCAUUUGAAGUGUCUAAAAAGUUGUCAGGUGCAUUGAGUGAGAUUGGACAUGACAGCCAGCUGAAGACAAUGCCUGAUCUGAUAGUGAAAACAGGAUCGAAGCUCCAGAGUUGAAGCACUUCACACCAAGACGCCUUUCACAAAAGGCGACGAGGCUGCUCACUUAGCUAGAAAAGAAUUUGACAAAAGAUUACUUAAAGUAUGUAAUUACUUAAUUGACACCCCCCUCCCUUCCCCCCAAAAAACAAAAACAAAAACAAAAACAAAGAAAAAACCCCCUAAAGCACUAACUACGGCACUCAUGGCUUGUUUCAUGUAAUGCAUGUAUAGCAUGGAUUUGUGCUGAGGAAGAAAAAAAGUGUAGAAUUAGUACUAUUGGCACUUAGUGUGACACAAUGCACUGUGUGUGCAUGGAUAAACUCCUCCACCAGCACUUAGAGCCGUCUCCCCUGAGAGGGGUUAUUUCUGAAGGGCCAAUCUCUUGCGCAUAAUUUAUGCAAAUCUCUAAUCAUUUACAGAAAUUUUCUCGGCGUGCACAAACACAUUUCCAACCAUUAUGUCUGGCAUUUAAUAUAAAUUCAUCACUGCUUU